CCCACCCACACCCACACCCCACACCCACCCACACCCAAUUCAGGUAGAUCAUCUGCACCUGGAAAGUGCUCAUUAUCGCUGAUCUUUUGUUACAUAUGUGUAAUAUCGCAAUGUGUUGAGACUACUUCGACCAAAAUCGGACAAAAAUUGUGAAACCAUCUACAGUUUCAAGAUAAGCAUGGGAUGAGUCCAAUCAUCUUGUGGUAUAAUUGGAGCUUCCGAUAAAUAGGUCAUAACUUACGAAGGAAGGCAUCAACUGGCCCUUUAUUUUUGAGCUAAAACUUAGUGAACAAUAGGUAAUCGAGUGUGUUGAUGCUGAAUAUCCUCGGAUCAAGCUUUACGACGACCGUAUUUGUGCCAUAACAUGAAACCGUUUCUGACGAGUACGGUCGUAGACGCCAGCGUUCAUCGUCGUAAACCAUCGUACACGGCCGUAUACGACCCAUCCGAUAAAAUCAAAGAUCCACAAAUACGUUAGAAAUAUGGUACCUAUCAUAAAGGAUCUUUAAAGAUCUUUUUUUAUUAAAAUAGUAUUAAGGUCUCAGAAAUAUCUUAAAAAUAAAGUACCUUUCAAAAAAAAGGUCUUUCUUUAUUAAAAAAGCGAUUAUAGUCCCAAAAAUACCUUAAAAGUCAGGUAUCCUUAAAAAAAAACCUCUGAAGAUCUUUUUUUUAUUAGAACAGUAUUAAAGUUUCAAAAAAUACCUUGGAAAUAAGGUACCUGUCAAAAAAGACUUUUUUUUUAAAAACACUAAUAAAAUCGCACAAGUACUUGAAAAAUCAAGGAUGUGGGGUGCGGGUAUGGGUGUCGGUGCGAGUAUGGAUCUACUCUUCAACAGAACCCACACCCACACCCACACCCCUUGUAUGUGUAUAACAAUAUGUUUUAGAUAUUCAAAGUGAUGUUCAAAGAGAUGAAGCUACAUUUGCUCAAAUAAAUCAAGCAUAUCAACAAGAACUUUAUAAUGGAACUAUUUGUAAAUAUUUACGAUCACUUUCAUUAGGUGCUGAUAUUGAAGAUCGUGUUGUUGAUAAUUAUUUAAUGCAAAAAGUUGAAGAUAUUAAAAUAAAUUAUAAACAAUGUCAAGAUGUUUUAGCUUGUGCUGAAAAACGUUUACAAACAAAUGGUUUAGAUUUAGUUGCAACAGCUAAAAAUGUUUAUACAGGUAUGUUAACUGCUGGUUCAAAAGCUAAUCAAAUACAUAAAAUGGUCGAAGAUCUUAAAUAUCGUGUUCUUGGUCAUCAAAAUAAUCCUAAUAAUGUUUAG